AUGACCAAACCCAAUCUACUUGAACUCCCCUCGGGGGUUCAGCUCGUCUACCUCGCCGAGGGAGGAGCAAAUGUGAUUUAUCGAUUUGUCCGGAUUCCACUCGCCAAAAAAGACCCUAAGAGGCCAUUAUCUCCACCUGCACACGACCCGGAUCAUUGCCACCUACCAACCCAACUGAAGGGAAAAUUACUCCGACUCCGCAAAGAAACCGCGGCCGACAUCUCCUACACGGAGAUUGCCCGUAACUUCGACACCAUCAUCCGACCGUUAUUCAACCCGGAAGAACUAGUCGACCAAACCCUCAUCAGACUCCCAGAGGGACUCCUCACCAGCUGCAACGAGCAACUCCGCAUCGCCGAACUAAAUGGCGCGCGUCCCAAGAAACGCCAUGGCAGCUAUCUCUGUCUACACGAGCCGUUCGGCUUGCUCAUCACCGACAUGACGACGGCCGGAGACCCAGGCGCCAUCCUAGCCGAGCUGAAACCGAAAUGGCUCAACCAGUCGCCAUCAGCGCCCGCGACAGCACAUCGGUGUCGGACAUGUGCGCUGAGGGAGAUGAAAAACAGAGAAUCCCAACUCCAAGGCCUGAAAGAGCAGCGGUCGUUCUGUCCGCUGGAUCUGAUGUCGGAGCAGUAUGACAAUGUGCUGCGGGCGACGGGGCUGAUCAAGGGGUGCAAGGACCGAUCGCGACUGGCUCGGAUUUUGUAUCGGAACCCGACACUACAGAGACUGCAGUCGUUGCAGAAGACUGAGAGGGAGGUCGGGUUGCAGGGUCCGUCUGCGCAAUCUCGGGAGAUGUCGCUGGCGAUGACGCUGCGGGACUGUACGAUGUUUAUCAAGAUCCCACAUGACGAAAAGUCACCUGUUGAAAUUCGUCUUGGUGACCUCGAUCUGAAGACAGGCGCUGGCGGGAAAGCUGGCUACUGGCGAGACCUGGAAACACGGUUGAUUGAUCAGGGCUGGUAUCGGGGAAGCAAUAUCAGUCAAAAUUCGGGCGACUGCGCUUUGCAUAGCCCACGAAGACCCUCCCAGUCUCAUUUGGUAUAA